AUGCUUCAGCUUAAAUCAGGGUCGGUAAUGCACUAUGGACCAUACGGGUUUGCAUCAGACCCUUACACACCAACAAUUAGAACCCUCGAACGUGGCCAGCAGUCCACAAUCGGUCAAAGGAUUGGACCAUCAUUUCUGGACUAUCAAGCGAUCAACACUGCCUAUGGCUGUAGCAACCAUUGUAUGCCUAUCAACUGCUUUCACAAUGGCUAUGCUCAUCCAAAUAACUGCUCCAUGUGUGCUUGUCCAGAUGGUCUCGGUGGACAGUUCUGCGAGACUGUUCUUCCUUCUAUCGGCUCAUGUGGAGGCACAUUAACGGCCUCUACAAAUGCACAAUAUAUUUCAAGUCCAAAAUAUCCACAUCCUCAUUCUCAAGGCACGGAAUGUUUCUGGAUCCUUCGUGCGGCACCCGGUGGGCGUGUUUUCUUGGAAUUUAUGGACAAUUUCGAGUUUUACUGCGAAGACACAUGUGAUAAGAAUUAUGUGGAAGUGAAAUAUCACAACGAUAAACGCCUCACAGGAUCAAGGUGA